AUGCAGGCGUGGGCGACGGUGCGGGUGGCAGUCCGGCUCCGGUGCGGCGACAAUGGGUGGCUGGCUGCUACUUCUGCUUCGGUCCACUUCUGUCUUCGCACAAACAAGAAAGGAGAAGAAGGGCGACGACGGUUGAGGGGCGUGAGGGAGAGGCGAAGGCUAGUGGUGAGCGGCGGAGCACAAGCAGCGACGGCAAGCUGCUCUGGUCUUCUCCUCUUGGAUUAUUCCGGGAUCAAGCAUGACGAAAAAACAAAGAGCCUUAUAGAUUUUCUGAAUAAAGUGGUGAAUGAGCCCAUAGAAAGUUUGAUCAUUGUUGACAUGAUUCAGCGACUAGGAGUCAAAUCCCAAUUCCGAGAACAGAUUAAAGCCAUUCUAAUGUGGCAAUACACACAUUUUAGCUCUUUGAAUCAUGGCAAAGAUGAUGUCUAUGAGAUCGCUCUCCGGUUUCGACUUUUAAGGCAAGAAGGUUAUCGUGUGCCUGCAGAUGUGUUCGCAUACUUCAAUGAUAAGGGAAAAGGUUUUGUUAUGAAACUGGAGGGAAACAUCAAGGGUAUGAUGGAAUUAUACGAAGCGUCACAAGUGAGCACGGAAGGAGAGGAUAUACUCGACGAAGCCGAAUGCUUUAGUAGCAAGUGGUGGAAAGAGUUGGGAUUGGGAGAGGAGAUGAAGUUUGCUAGAGACCAGCCACUAAAAUGCUUCCAGUACAUGAAAAAAUGCUUCAAGGUUCUCAAUGAUAUUGCAAAUGAUUUUGGCAAAAUCAUCUUCGAGAAGCAUGGAUGGAACCCCACAAGAUUCUUGAAACAGAUGGAUAAUUCUGGGAUCAAACAUGAAGAAAAAGUAAAGAGCAUUAUAGGUUUUCUGAAUAACGUGUUUCGACUUCUUCGGCAAGAAGGUUAUUAUGUGCCUACAGAUGUGUUCGAAUACUUCAAGGAUAAGGGAAAAGGUUUUAUUAUGAAACUGGAAGGAAACGUUAAGGGAAUGAUGGAAUUAUACGAAGCAUCACAAAUGAGCAUAGAAGGAGAGGAUAUACUCGACAAAGCCGAAUGCUUUAGCAGCAGGUGGUGGAAAGAGUCUGGAUUGGGAGAGGUGAUGAAGUUUGCUAGAGACCAGCCACUAAAAUGGUACUUGUGGUCCAUAGCAAUUCUCACAGAUGCAAGCUUGUCUGAGCUUAGGGUUGAGCUUGUUAAGCCCGUCUCUCUUGUGUACAUUAUUGAUGACAUAUUUGAUGUCCAUGGCAAGGUUGAUGAGCUAAUUCUCUUUACAGGAGUCAUUAAAAGAUGCGAUGAUGCAUGUGCUAAGCAGCUUCCAGAGUACAUGAAAAAAUGCGUCAAGGUUCUCAGUGAUAUUACAAAUGAUUUUGGCAACAUCAUUUUUGAGAAGCAUGGAUGGAACCCCACGGGAUUCUUGAAACAGAUGGUAUUGAUAUAA